AAUUUCGUUGGACAUUAUGCCAUUUGGUUAUAUGUUGGAUGUUUGCUAAUGACUUAUGCAUUUCAAUCCGAGAAGAAGCCAAUGCACUUUAUUCGCCGUGAAAAAUGCCACAGGCCAUGGACACAAGCAAAUCUCAUAUAACAAUAGACAAGAUCAUCCUUUCAUUCUGUAAACCACCCCCAAAAUCUUCAUUAGUACCAUUACGUUCAUCCUGGAUUACGUUUUAAAUACUCCAACUCUCUGAUAUAUGUUACGUAGUAUACGAUUCGACCAGAAUAAGGAACGCAUAAGUCGUACAUACAAAGUUCUCGGUAAUAAUGGGGAAGCUAAACCUAAAUUAUUUUUUAAAUUGUAUCAUUUUAUCUUUGACGCUGGUCGCCGUUUCAAAUUGCCAAUAUUUCCCUGAGCUUGGUGAGGAAGGGUCGUCUUUCACAUAUUAUGGAAACAACUUGAUUCACAAGUACAAGAAGGACUACUUGUCAUCCAUUUUUGAAAACCAAACAGUAAGAGAGGACUUUACACGCUUUGUAAACAGCCACCUUACGCCUGAGGUGAAGUCUGACUUAAAGGCGGUUAGAAUUUACAAGACGAUUGGAGGUCAGGACAUGCCGGUAGUUAAUUUUAGUGCAGAUAUGGACGGCUGGUUGGGGGUCCUCCCACAAUGGAAACGACUCAAGUUUUUCUUCUUCAUGCAAAUGGAAGCAUAUGUGGAUUCGCAUCCAGAUAUCUUACAACACGCAAGAACUGCCACAACGCCACCCCUCUUUUUCCAUAGGAGGACUCCAAACUCUCCAAUUAAAUAAAAUAUUUAUUAUGCUUAUGCAAGCAAGGAACAUGUUAAUGUAUACGAACGAUGUAUAUAUGUAUGCAGUACUAUUAGUUGGUACUACGUUACCAUCAAACUACUUAACCAAAUUAACCCACUUGUUUUGGGCUGUGAAGAUUGAUUUGAAUUUCUUGUAUUUGUUUGUCAGUGGAUAUGAUGAUCUAUUAUUUGUACAUAUGAGUAUCAAAGUAAUGCUAAAUAGUUCUGUACUGAACACUGGAUUGAAAAGAAUAAAUGCACAUUAUUUCUGUACAUAUUAUUAAGCUCGUAAUAUCUAGAAGCUAAAAAGUAGUAAAUCAUGGAGCAAAUACCAAUCAUCGAUUUAAACUUUAUCAAAGAUUAUAGCAAAGAUUCGGAAGAACAAUGGGUUAGUUUAGGGUAUGAGAUUAGAAACGUCAUGGGAAGGAUUGGGUUCAUUCAACUCAUUAAUCAUGGGAUUCCUGAAGAUGUUGUAAACAGUGUUUUUGAACUCAACCAGAAAUUUUUCGAAUUGCCGAAUGCCACAAAAAUUAAGUUUACCAAGCCGAAUAGUAUGGAAAUGACUUCGUACUACGGUUACACGAAGUUUGGAGAAGAAACCUUCGGAAAAGAGUUUGGGAAUCGAGAAAGUUUCGACUGGAUUGAAGGGCAUGGGGUGUACCCCGACGAGGAACUUCCCAAUUUCAGUGUCGCCAUAAAGUUAUUCCACGAACAUUGCAAAUCUGUGACUAAAAAACUGUUACGUUUAUUUGCCUUGGGAUUGGGUCUGGAAGACGUGGAUUUUUUUGUUAAGAGGAAUAAACAUUGGGAUGACCCUGAUUUCACGGGCAUGUCGAACAUUCGUCUAGCUUAUUACCCUAAAAUUCAGGAGGCUAACAUCCCUGCAGGAGCUGUACGAAUAGGAGAACACACUGAUUUCAUAACGGUCACGUUGUUAUUCCAAGAUGAGGCAGGGGGACUCGAAGCAAGGAAUUUGAAUGGAGAUUGGAUUCCUGUGACACCAAUUAAAGGAGGGAUCGUGGUCAACACUGGUGAUCUCCUUGAAUACUGGACUUCAGGCAUCUUCCAAGCUACGCCACAUCGGGUCGUUAUCCCAGAGUCGGAAUUGCUGAAAGCAAUGCCUCGAUACUCUGUUGUGUUUUUCGAUGGCCCCGAAAUCAAUGCGACCGUGACACCACUGAAAAUUUCUAAAACGGAGGAAGAAGAGGAAAGGAUUGCCAAGUUGGGAAAGACUUACCCUUCGGAUCCUGUUAAUGCACGUGAACACGUAUUUCGUAAAGUGAAAGCUGCAUAUGCAAAAUAAUAAUAUCGAGUUUAUGUGGAAGCACAUCUAUUAAUAACCAAUUUGUCGUUUCUAAAUGCAUAACGAAGUACCUAUAAAGCAUUUCAUAACAUAUUCUUAUCUUAAAUUGUAAUCGUAUAUGUAAUUAUUGGUUGUGGUCAACAUCUUAUUGAUGAUAAAUUUAUAUGAUGCAGCAGUA